GUGUUUGUGAAGUCUGGCCUGAAAGAACAGCAAUGUGAACCAGUCAGGGGAGAGAAGGAGAAAGAGAGGAGUUGUCUGAACUGCAGGAAUCUGUUUUAAUCUUUGAACAAACAUAACUUUACAUGGUAGGCGCAUUCGUUUAGUUCCCAGCAUUUGAGUCAUUUCCUAGUGAGGACAUACUUUGAAUUCUAAUGGUCUGUUUGGAACUGGAGAACGUCUAGGGUAGGGCAUUACAAAGGCUGGGCUUUGAACUGCCUCGCGUGUGAAAGUGAGCACACUUUGGGACUUUGAAACAAUAAACUAUGGAAACAAAUCUGUCAACUAUAGUUGGACUGCUACUCCUCUGCACCCUCACUGACCAGACCCAUCCGCAUAAGAUGCAAAGAUCCACAUUAACAUCUCAAGGCCAAGACUGUACAGCCAUCAAAGCUUCCACUCCUAAUGCCCAAAGUGGAAUUUACUUUAUACAGCCAAAAGGAGUUCAGAAACCUUUCAAGGUGUACUGUGAGAUGCUGGCAGACGGGGGCUGGACAGUGUUCCAGAGACGUAUAGGGGGGAGAGUAUCCUUCCAAAGAAACUGGGCAGAGUACAGACAUGGCUUUGGAUACCUCAUGAAGGAUCACUGGUUGGGCCUGGCCAAAGUGUGGGCUCUUACCAAGAGCAAUGAUCAGACGUCCACCCUCAGAGUGGACCUGUGGGACUUUGAGGGGGGAUCAGCUUUCGCAGAGUACCGAAAUUUCAAAAUUGGUGGUGAGCGGGCUGCCUACAAACUGAGCGUGGGAACAUAUAAAGGCACCGCAGGUGAUGCUAUACGUGGAGCAUACAGUGGCAUUGACCAGAAUGGCUUUGGAUUCAGCACGAUGGACCGAGACAAUGACGGCUGCUCUCCGUGCGUCUUUGGAGACAUCGCUGAGCGCGAGUGCAGCAGAUCUGAGGGUGGGAGCGGCUGGUGGUUCAGCCGCUGUGGCUCUGCCAACCUCCACGGAGACUGGCACCCAGUGGGGGACAACAUAGGCUGGGCGUCAGGGGUGCACUGGCACACGUGGAAAGGCCCGGCCCCGUACUCCCUACAAGCCACUCGGAUGAUGGUCAAGUCUGUGUGAGGACACCUCAUCCACUGUGACACUCAGAGGGUGCCUCUCAUUCAGCGUGUAUACGUCCUCCCUCGCUCCUCGGGCCUCGAUCCUCACUGAUCUACAUAAAGAAUGAUGGGGCGGCAACAAUGGGAUAGU